AUGAUUCUCUUUAUUUUUGCAAUUCUGUUUCACUUUGGAAUUCAAUCCAUUGGAAGUACAGCAAGCAAUUCCAUAUUGGACUGCAAUGCAGUGGCUGCCCAUUUUAACAAUACUUGUAGUGGAGUGGCCGUUAGCAGCAUUACUGCUACUACGGGUACCAAUGUGUCAUGUAGCUCAGGCUUCACUAGUACAACAUGUCCCGGUACAAUGUACGGCACUACAUGUGUAUUUCAACACAAGCUAUGUGUCACUUGCUCUGGCAGUACAACUAUUCGUAUUCGUGUUCAGUCGAAUGGGUUGCCACGUUUUUGUCCUAAUGUACCUGCAAAAAUGAGUGAAUUGAAUGUUGAUUUUGAAGUGAAUUUCAAUCCUGAUGUAAACAUCAAUUCUCCUACACACAAUCCAACAACUGAAUCACAGCUGAACUCAAUCGUGUGCAAUAUCAGUAAUCAAGCAUCUGUGCCAUCUGCAUCUAAUUACGUAUCUAAGAGCAGUUCUGAUUCUUUCAACACACUUGCUGGUAUCAGCGUUGAUGGUGUCACAAUUUUAAACGUAAACAGUGCUAAUAACGUUGAUCCAUUUUAUCCAGCUGGAAACUUUACACCAGAGUCAGUCGAUGCAUGUUUAGGACAUCCAAAUCCAUCAAACAAUGGCUAUCAUUAUCAUAUUGCAUCAGGUUGUGCACUGAAUCCGCCCACUGGAAAGAUUGCGUCCUGUAAGAAUACUCCCGCUUGUAAUGCCAGUGUUGCUAACUACACAAUAUCAACAUUUUCGUCGUAUCGUACUUUGACUGUGAUUGGAAUAGCCAAAGAUGGACAUGUUAUUUAUGGACCCUACAACUCAAACGGCCAAGAAGUAACAAGUGGUUUCGAUAUAUGCAAUGGUAUGUUUUAUGAUUCUAUUGGGAAUUAUGCCUAUUUUGCUACGCGAACAUAUCCGUAUAUAACGGGUUGUUUUGGUCCUGGUAAUUAUCCAAGUGUCCUUCCAAGUUGUACAACGAAUAAACCUAAGGCAUAUACAAAAUCAAGUUAUGCUCUUAAAUAA